GAACAACAUUCAUCAGAGUGGCUAAAUAUGGACAAAAUUGCUAAAGAUGUGGGGGAUAUCCAGUCCCGACUGUUGGACCACAGGCCUGUCAUCAGUGCAGAAGCUCGCUACUUUGUCAGAGAGUUUGAGGAGAAACGAGGCUUUAGGGAGAACCGCCUGCUGGAGAACCUGAAUAAAACAGUGAAGGAGACAAAYGAACAAAUGUUACCAGCAGUGUCAGAAGAAAGCAUCCAGCAGCUGUCUGGCAUCAUUAAGCGCUUGGAGGCUGCUAACCACAUGGCAGAGCGAGUCCAGCAGAGGGAGCUAGAGACACAACAGGGCGCCCAGCUGCAGGCCAGCAUGGAGACAUUAAAGGAGGACUGGACAGAGUUCCUGAGGGAGCAGCAGAGGUUAAAGGAGGCGGUGGACGAGGAGCACGCUAAGGCUGUGGGAGAGCUCAGCACUCGCUUUAGUGAGAAGAAGAAGGACCUGGUUCAGCUGUCGCUCAGCUGAGAAGUUCACGGAUAAAUUCACUYGUGUUUAUGUUUUCUCACCAGCAUGUUGCAGUGAAAUGCUGCUAAAACUACCAGGAGGUGGUGACAAAACGCCAACUGUUAUGGUGCUUUCCCAGGCAGGUGUGCAACACUUGCUGCUCCAAAGACUUGAUGUGAUCCUGUUUCUGUUUUUGUUGCUUUUAUUUGGAAUAGAUAAUAAAUCAGAACCUACUAAUAUUGACUAAA